GUCCGAGCCCGAGCUGAUAGUCGGAAACUCGGAAUCGAGUCUGAAGCACAGAGCCAUCAGAGACUGACCAGAGCCGAGACCAAGGAUCCUGUCUCCUGUGCACUCCGGCGGCCGGACCACGGCGAGUCCGGGACGUAGAAGUCGCCCCGCCCCUCCGGAUCGUGUUGCUCGGGAAAUUGCUUCCGAGUAGUUCCCGACGCCGCGGGCCUCUAAGCCGCUGCCUCCGACAGUCUCGUGAGUCCUUGACUCUUGAGAAUCGAGGGAACGCAUUUACGGACGCAAGACUGGAUCUGAAGAGGCGCUGACGAAUUGGAGGGCCGCGCAAGCCUGGGGAUGGGAAGGCUGGUCGUCGCGGCGGCGGUGGCCGUGUGGGCGUUCCCGAUUGCGGCUUUGGUGAACUCCGUAGUGCCAGAGCCCUACAUGGAUGAGAUCUUCCAUAUUUCACAAGCACAGCAGUAUUGCCGUGGAGAUUUCUGGACAUGGGAUCCCAUGAUCACCACCCCUCCUGGCCUCAUAUAUUGCUUCUUUCUUUCCUGUUGCCUGGAUGUUUCGGGUAGCAAAAACAUUUGAUGUUCUUUGCUCCACAGCAGCUCUCAGAUCAACUAAUGUUAUCUUGGCAAUGGUCUGCGCUGUUCUUAUUCAUGACCUGCUUUUGUGCAUCCGACCAGGAAUUGGAGAAAGGAAGGCAACUGCCUACGCUAUUCUUGUAGCAUUGUAUCCUGUUCACUGGUUCUUCACUUUUCUUUAUUACACUGAUGUUGCAUCAUUAGCUGCAGUUCUUGCAGUGUACCUAUUCUGCUUGAAGAAACAGUUCUGGAUCAGCACAAUGUUUGGUGUUUUUUCAAUACUUUUUCGUCAGACAAAUGUAAUAUGGAUUAUAUUUUUUGCUGCCAAUGGAGCUAUCACAUACGUAAAAGACUUGUAUCCCAAGGAUAAUGCUUCUCAUGAGAACAGUGAACCAAUACAUCAGUCAAAAAAAGCUUCUGCCAGGGAUAACAAAACUAGUGUUCAAAGCUUGAGAAGACGGCGAAUCAAUAGUCCCAUAAAUAAGGUCAUUGUUUGUGAAUCUGCUAACCCUUACAACAGUCUUACAGAGGAAGUGUGUGACAUCAGCUUGAAGUUAUGGAACUCAAAGUGUGAAAUUUUGAUUGCAUUUGCACCAUUUGUAGUUGUCAUGGCGGCAUUCGUAGCAUUCAUAAUCUGGAAUGGUGGUAUAGUACUAGGUGCUAAGGAAGCUCAUGUUGUUUCGCCACACUUUGCACAGUUUCUGUACUUUGGCCUUGUGUCAGCUGCUGCCCUCCUUCCAUGGCAUUUCACUCCCAACCGAGUAUUGGAUCUAUUCCACUUGUCUGGAAAGAACAAAACCUGUGGUUCUCUGGCAGUAUUAAUGGGUCUUGGUUUAAGCUUUGUCGCUGUACAUUUUUUCAGCAUUGCCCAUCCGUAUCUUCUUGCUGACAAUAGACACUAUACCUUCUAUAUUUGGAGGAAGGUUAUCCAAGUAAACUGGAUGAUGAAGUACAUGUUGAUUCCACUUUAUGUGUACUCAUGGCUCUCAAUCAUCAACAUCUUAGGGAAAUCACAGACAAGGAUUUGGGUGUUAUCAUUUGUGCUGUCAGUUGCACUGGUCCUUGUACCUGCCCCGCUGGUUGAAUUCAGAUACUACACAAUUCCAUUCGUGAUACUGGUUCUUCACUCUCCAUCAAUUGGCAAUGGCAAAUUGCUUGCCAUGGGAUCGCUUUAUGCAGCCGUUGACUUGUCUACCCUGGUGAUGUUUCUGUUCCGACCAUUCCGUUGGGAACAUGAGCCUGGAACACAAAGGUUUAUGUGGUAGUUUAGGAUAAAGCACGGGAAGUUGGGAAUAGAGCAAAACCUUCAUUGUACCGUCGUUUUGGUUCGAACUUCUAACAGGACGAUUAAGCAUACAUGUGUCAGGCUUAUUUGGAUCCUUGAGUGAAUUUAAUGGUAGGAGUCAAAACAAUAGCGCUGAGUAUCGUCAUUUUCUUUUUGCCAGCCUUUAUGUAUUCUAGGCAUUCUAAUCAACGAUUGCACAAGUCAAAAAUAGGCAGUGGAUACAUUGUUUGAUCACACGGCUUUUAAGGGCAACAGCAAUUAUAUGGAUUGAUAUUGAACAGGAAGUGCAGUGUUCCUUGCGAUGAGAGGUGGUGUUGUGUGAGCUAAUAUUCUUGUAUUGUUCUCCAAAUCACUGUCGUAAUUGAAGAAAUGUUUGCACCGUCAACAGAAA